UCUGCGGCACCUGUCCGCGCACAGGGGGUGGGCUCUCGCGCUCGGGAGGCGGCGGUGUCCUCGUAAAGGGUCGGGGAGUUUCGGAGACACACAGCAAUGUUUGGAGUAGCAACGGCGGCGCGAGGGCCCCUGUAGGUGGCUCGUGCCUCACGCCCAGCAGCUGUAGCAGGAGUGUGCAUUGCUUGGAAGGAUUAAAGGGGAAAAAAUGUUUUCCUUGAAGGAUGCUGUGAUGGGUGCCUCCACUUUCUUUGCUUCAGCUCUGCCACACGAUGUCUGUGGAAGCAAUGGUCUUCCUCUGACGCCAAACUCCAUUAAAAUUUUGGGCCGUUUUCAAAUCCUUAAGACAAUCACCCAUCCCAGACUUUGUCAGUAUGUGGACAUUUCUAGAGGAAAGCAUGAGAGGCUGGUGGUGACUGCUGAACACUGUGAAAAGAGUCUGGAAGACUUGCUGCGAGAGAGGAAACCUGUGAGCUUUUCAAGGAUUUUACGCAUAGCAUUUGAGGUAUUGCAGGGCUUGCAAUAUAUGAACAAACAUGGAAUGGUCCACCGAGCACUCUCCCCUCACAAUAUCCUCCUGGAUCGAGAGGGACAUAUUAAAUUGGCUAAGUUUGGACUAUACCACAUGACAGCUCAUGGUGUUGAUGUUGAUUUUCCUAUAGGGUACCCAUCAUACCUGGCACCUGAAGUAAUUGCACAGGGAUUUGUCAAACCUAGUGAUCACACUCAGUGUGAGAAGCUGCUGCCCUCUGGCCCUAAAUCAGAUGUGUGGUCUCUUGGUAUUAUUUUAUUUGAGCUUUGUGUGGGUAGAAAACUGUUCCAGAGCUUGGAUAUAGCUGAAAAACUAAAACUUCUGCUUACAUUAGGCUGUGUGGAUGACAUUGUAACCGUAUUAGCUGAAGAACAUGGUUGUCUGGACAUUAUUAAGGACCUUCCUGAAAAUGCCAUAGCUCUGCUGAAGAAAUUCCUUACAUUUCAACCUUCCAAAAGGCCAACUCCAGACCAGUUACUGUGUGACAAUGUGUUCAGUGAAGUGGCCUCUGUAUACCCACCCUUCCACAAACCUGCCAGUCUGUUCUCCUCCUCUCUGAGAUGUGCUAAUUUAACUCUUCCAGAGGACAUCGCUCAGCUGUGUAAAGGUAAAAAUGAAGACUGUGAUUACCUAGCAGAAAGAUCGAUUGAGGAGGUAUAUUAUCUCUGGUGUUUGGCUGGAGGAGACUUGGAGAAAGAACUUGUUAACAAGGAAAUCAUUCGAUCAAAACCACCCAUCUGCACGCUCCCCAACUUUUUGUUUGAAGAUGGUGAGAGCUUUGGGCAAGGACGAGAUAGAAGUUCCCUCCUAGAUGACACAACUGUGAUACUGUCGCUGUGUCAGCUCAGAAAUAGACUGAAAGAUGUUGGUGGGGAAGCAUUUUAUCCAUUGCUUGAGGAUGAGCAGUCAAAUUUACCCCAUUCAAACAGUAAUAAUGAGCUAUCCGCAGCGGCCAAUCUUCCUCUGAUCAUCCGAGAGAGGGACACAGAGUACCAGCUACACAGAAUUGUUCUGUUUGACAGGCUACUGAAGGCUUAUCCAUACAAAAAAAAUCAAGUCUGGAAGGAAGCCAGAGUUGACAUACCUCCACUUAUGAGAGGUUUAACCUGGGCUGCCCUGCUGGGGGUUGAGGGUGCCAUUCAAACAAAAUAUGAUGCCAUUGAUAAGGACACUCCAAUUCCUACAGAUAGACAAAUUGAGGUUGAUAUUCCUCGCUGUCAUCAGUACGAUGAGCUGCUGUCAUCGCCAGAGGGUCAUGCAAAGUUUAGACGGGUAUUGAAGGCCUGGGUAGUUUCCCAUCCUGAUCUUGUGUACUGGCAAGGUCUUGAUUCACUUUGUGCACCAUUUCUGUACUUGAAUUUUAACAAUGAAGCUCUUGCCUAUGCCUGCAUGUCUGCUUUUAUUCCCAAGUACCUGUAUAACUUCUUUUUGAAGGAUAAUUCUCAUGUCAUUCAAGAAUACCUGACAGUGUUCUCCCAGAUGAUUGCAUUCCAUGACCCAGAGCUGAGUAACCAUCUCAAUGAAAUUGGCUUUAUUCCAGAUCUGUAUGCUAUUCCUUGGUUUCUCACUAUGUUUACACAUGUCUUUCCACUGCACAAGAUUUUUCAUCUGUGGGAUACAUUACUGCUUGGCAAUUCUUCCUUCCCAUUCUGUAUUGGAGUGGCUAUUCUGCAGCAACUGCGGGACCGGCUUCUGGCUAAUGGAUUCAAUGAAUGCAUUUUGCUCUUUUCAGAUUUACCAGAAAUCGACAUUGAACGUUGCGUCCGUGAGUCAGUCAACCUUUUUUGCUGGACCCCUAAGAGUGCAACAUACAGGCAACAUGCACAGCCUCCAAAGCAAGCCAGUGACUGCAACGGCUCAAGAGGUUCAAUGUCCUGCUUCACAGCAGAUUAUCAGGAAGCACCUAAAAGUGACCUGGAGAUUAUUCUUCCCUCAUUCUGUCCCAGGCCACAGCAUCCGACCGAGAAGCUGUGACACAACUUGGGCAUCGGAGGAGCACUGAAGAAUUGCAUUAAACAUACAGAAUCCACGAGAAGGUCAGGCACACUGUUUGUCUCCUUUCAUCCAAAGUGUCAAGGGCUCGGAGCUUCCAAGCUAUCCAUUGCUAUGUGGCUCAGACUAUGCAUCAUGGGGGCCUAUAAGGUAUCAAGCAUCCCUGUUCCAGAAGAAAUCAAGGCACAUUCCACGAGAUCUGUAGAAACCUCAUGGGAUUAAGAAGCAAGUGCUUCUGCACUGAGAUAUGCAGAGCACCCAUGGGCAUUGACUAACAUCCGUAUCAGACACUAUAAAGUGGAGUUCCUGUAUUUUGCAGAGACCUUCUUUGACAGGAAGGUGCUACAGGUGGUGGUGGCCCAGUAUUGCCUUUUGACAAACCUUAGUGGGCGGGAUUCCUUUUCUAGCUCAUUCUAUUUACUUUUUCCUUAUCCCUCUCUACUUCUGUUUCACUGCUUGCUACUUCCCAGACAUAACAGAGCUGUGGCAGACGCUGGGCUGCAGAAUGAAAAAAUUUUUACCAGAUAAUUUUCUUUUUGCUAGCAUCAUCUCCCACAAUUCUACCCAGCCUGGAUGGCUCUAUAGCCAAGGGGUCAGCUUUUUAUUUGGACAGUUACUAUGCAGACAAUUGCCUGCUGUACAUAGUUAAUAAGUUGGCAUUUAAUAAUGAUGUAAAUAUAUUUCUACAAGUUUCACCCGGUUUUUGGAAUGACUCAUCUGGCGACAAAGGAGACAUGGCCAGCACACACUGUGCUGUGCUGCAGCUUUGAUUGCUUCUGGAAACUACAGUGUGUUGGGGAGCAGCCCAGAAAUAACAGAAUUGUGGGAGAUGCUGAUAGCAGAACGGAAAUUAUUGCGUAAGGAAUUUUCCAUUCUCUGUUUUACAGCAGGGGGAAGAUGAGGCAUAAAGCUUGUAACUUGCUCAAGGCCACAGAGAACACUAUUGUUAGGGUCACGACCGGAUAUUGGGACUACUUGAUUCCUCAUCCAGUGCUUAAACCACUGAACCACAUUUGUUGUUGAAUUAUUAUUUGUAUUAUCAUAGCAUCUAGCAUACAUUAUUUGUAUUACCCAGACAUUGACCAGAACUCUCUUCUGCUAGGUGUUGUACAAACACAGAACAAAAAGGGUCCCGGCUCCAGAGAGCUUACAAUCGAAGUAUAAGAUAAGAGACAACAGAUGGAUACAGACACACCUGAGAAUACAAGAAAACAAUGAGUCAUUGUUAGCAUGAUAGGCAGUGAUCAAAGCACACUUGCAGUCUCAUUGUUGUCAAGCUUGUUAUAGGCAUCAUGACAAAGCAGAGCGUUGAGGGAUUUUAAGGAGAUAAUGAGGUAGCUUUCUGGAUAGUUACAGGAGUUCUCCCCGAGCGUGAUGGGCAGUGGGGAAAAGCCAGAAGGUGCUUGUUUGAAAAUGUAACAAGUGGAAGAUGGAGGCUGGCAUCAUUGGCCAAUUGAAGGCAGUAGUUGGCCUCUCAGUGGUGAAUGAGAGAUGAUAGGUAAGGUAGAGAUAGGUGAGCAUUGAAGAGCCUUGAAAUUGAAGCCAAGUUGUGUGUGUUUGAUGCAAAAGAGAAGGGGAAGCCAGUGGAGGGAUGUGAAUACGUUAUAAAACCAAGGAGACCCGAAAGUAAGAGAACAGUAGGCAUGCAUGAAAUAGUCGGGUAAGACAUUUUUCUUAACCUCAAGAAAAGUUCCACUGUCUGAGCCAAAAUACUGGCCUUAUCAGAAAAGCCUUUUUGAUGUUGCUCCACAAUUCCUUUCACACCCCUAAAGGAUUCUGGAUUAUACUAGAUUUAUAUUGGAACUCCCUUAUUUUUAUAUAAUUCUUUUCAUGCCAUAAGCUGUAUUUCCCCUGUAGACCAAAGCCAGCAGUAGAUUCAUCCAAUCCACCAGUGCCAGGGAGUUAAGCAAAUGUUUAUGGUAUGUAACACAAAAGAAAAAAAAUUGUAGUUUCAGCUGCUUUCCCUUUUGUUGUUUUUAUUUUUCCUUCUCCCUCUUAACACAUGAUGUAUUUUAUGUGGAGUGCUUCACUAUGAUGGCUGCAUCCCUUCUGAAACUGAAGAGAAAUCAGGCUUUCCAGUCUAGGGACUCUAUCCAGUUGAAUGACCUGAAGGCGGAAGUGUCGCCACGGAUUUCAGCAGAAGAUCUGAUUGACUUGUGUGAGCUGACGGGACCUAGUCACUUCAAAACGCCUACAAAGAAAACCAAAU